AUGGAUACCCUCCUUACCGCUAAAAUUGCGGUGAACGCCCCUCGUUACCGCCGCAAAAGCUCAACCUUCAUCGACGGCAUCCAUGACGUCCACGACGAUGAAGGUAACUUGGCGCCGGCGCAGUUGUACAGCACCAUGUCUGGCAGGUUGUUCCACUCUGGAAGAAUCGCCAUCAUCAUGGUCGGCCUCCCUGCCCGCGGAAAGACGCUUGGGGUGAAAACUCGGAUAUUCCACCUUGGAGAUUAUCGCCGGGCGACGGUUGAGGGAGGCCAUGUUCCGCAGGAUUAUUUCUAUCCCAACGCAUCUCCGGCUUCGGUCAUGCUCCGUCAGAAAAUCCUCAAGAAGUGCAGGGAUGACAUCUAUGCUUGGUUGAACCACGAGAACGGACAGGUCGCCAUUUAUGACGCCGUGAACCCGACUGCCAGCGGCCGCAGGGUCCUAGCCGAAGAAUUUGCGAAGAACGACGUUCAGACGCUCUUCAUCGAGUCCUUUGUCGACGACCAAGAGAUCCUGAAGGAGAAUGCCCGCAAUGUCAAAAUCUCAUCUCCCGAUUUCCACGGAAUGGACCCCGAUGAGGCGGCCAAGCACUACCUCAAACGUAUUGAGACCAAGAUCCCGGUGUUCGAAACCAUGGAUGAGGACGAAUUGAAUUACGUCAAGAUGAUCAACGCUGGCCAGGCGUUUUACUACAACAACGUCAGCUUCAACUACCUGUCUCACAGAAUCGUCUUCUAUUUGACCAAUCUGCACAUAAAGUGCCGCACGACCUUUUUCGUCCGCGCCGGCCCCGCGACAGACGAAGAUUCGUAUAAGGCCGAUGCUCCGCUGUCCGAGGAAGGCAAGAUCUAUGCGGAGAAGAUGACGGAGACUCUCCUCCGGCACCGGGAGCAGGAACGCCAGGCAUCCAUUGACCAGGACGGCCCUGAUCUGCCGCUACGACCCCUGACCGUGUGGACAUCCACCCGGCUGCGCACCGUUCAGACAGGUGAGCCGCUGAAAGAGAGGGGAUACAAGGUCAGGCAACGGUCUCAGAUGAGCCAGAUCAACCCUGGUGUCUGCGAGAAGUUGUCAGAGCGUGCGAUCCGCGCCGCGUAUCCGGAGGAAGUGGUAAAGCACGAGCUGGACCCCUAUCACCACCGGUACCCGCGUGCUGAGUCAUACCACGAUCUGGCCGUCAGACUUGAACCUAUCAUCCUAGAGCUAGAGCGCGAGCAGAAUGACUUGCUCAUCAUCGCCCACGAGAGCGUCCUGCGCGUGCUGUACUCGUACUUGAUGCACUGCAGCACCAGGGACAUUCCCAAGCUGAAGUUCCCACGGGAUGAGAUUAUUGAGAUUAUCCCGGCGGCAUAUCAGAAUGAGGCGAAGCGCAUUCACAUCCCUGGCCUCGACCCGAGAACCAUUCCGGGUUCGCCGGAGGAUAUUCGGAUUCCUGUGCCUGCCGACCUCAGCGCGCAACUGCCGCCCAUCCCGGGUAUGGAUGAACCGGAGCCGACCGAGCCCGCUGGCUCGCGGCCUCCCGAGAAGAUUGUCAACCAUGCGAAAGAUGUGUUGUCUGACAAGAUGGGCGAUGAAGAUGUGAAGAAGGGGGGAGGUGGUGAGAUGGGGGUGCCUCUAGGGAGAGCGAAGGCCACGUAA